GCACGUUGGCCAGGUCUUCUGCAGGCUUUCUAGGGGCAAAAAUGGCCAUGGCCAGCGAUUUUUACUUGCGCUACUACGUAGGGCACAAGGGGAAAUUUGGACACGAGUUUCUGGAGUUUGAGUUUCGACCGGACGGAAAGCUUAGAUAUGCCAACAACAGCAAUUACAAAAAUGAUGUCAUGAUCAGAAAAGAGGCUUAUGUACACAAGAGUGUAAUGGAAGAACUUAAGAGAAUUAUUGAUGACAGUGAAAUUACAAAAGAAGAUGAUGCUUUGUGGCCUCCCCCUGACAGGGUCGGCCGACAGGAGCUUGAAAUUGUAAUUGGAGAUGAACACAUUUCUUUCACCACAUCAAAAAUAGGUUCUCUUAUUGAUGUAAAUCAGUCAAAGGAUCCUGAAGGCCUUCGAGUAUUUUACUAUUUGGUACAGGACCUGAAAUGUUUAGUUUUUAGUCUUAUUGGAUUACAUUUCAAGAUUAAACCGAUCUAAAUUGUAUGUUUUUUGAAGCUACUUUUAUAUUUAAUUAAGGGAUGGGUAAGGGAGGGCUUAUUUACAAUACUGGGCUUUUUAUGAAUGUGAAACAGACAAAUUUUUUUUGUAUGCAAAGUGAAAGUAAGAAAAUACAUAAACAAGCUUGAUUGUUAUCCUCACUUGGGUCCAAGUGGGUUGGACAGUUCCUGCACACAUUAAAUUCUGUAAAUAAAAGCCACCUUUCUUUGAAAUUGUGCUCCAAUAAACAUAUCAAAGCCUG